AUGGCAAGUGGAGCCAAAAUCCAAGGAUCCAACACUGCCAAACCUGCUACCUCAAAGAGUACCAAAGCUGGUCUCCAAUUUCCUGUUGGUCGUGUUGCUCGAUAUCUCAAGACAGGCAAAUAUGCUGAGCGUAUCGGUUCUGGUGCGCCUGUGUAUCUCGCGUCUGUUCUUGAGUAUCUAGCUGCUGAGGUUUUGGAGCUGGCAGGAAAUGCUGCUAUCGACAACAAGAAGACUCGAAUUAUGCCUCGUCAUAUCCAAUUGGCAGUUAGGAAUGAUGAAGAGUUGAGCAAGCUUCUGGGUGAUGUGACCAUUGCCAAUGGUGGUGUGAUGCCUAACAUUCACAACUUGUUGCUGCCCAAAAAGGGUGGGACCUCAAGGGGUUUUGAUGUUGAUGAGGACUAUUAG